UCGGACGACGACCAGUCAAUUCGUAAGUGCUCAGCGAUCGAACGGAACGCGCGGCGCACGCUCGGAGCGAAGCAUACACGAUACGAUCGCUUUACGCGAGAGACACAUCAAAGAAGAACUAAAGUUAAGGUUGUAAGAACUGUUAAAGGACAGCAAAAUGGGUGACGGAAAAAUAGAAGAUAACCCCAAAAUAAUGUCGGGGCCGGUGUUGACCAACUCGCCGAACGCGGUGCUCUCCAAGACUCUGCUGAACCGGUACAAGGACCUCCCGCUGCCCGCCGACAAGAUCCUGGCCACCUACAUCUGGAUCGACGGCACCGGCGAGCACUUGCGGUGUAAGGACCGCACCUUGAACUUCAUACCGAAAGUAGCAAAAGAUUUGCCUAUUUGGAACUUCGAUGGCAGCUCAACUGGGCAGUCGGACGGUCACAACUCGGACACGUUCCUGGUGCCGCGCGCCCUGUACAAGGACCCGUUCCGUCGCGGCAACCACGUGCUGGUCAUGUGCGACACCUUCAAGUACAACAUGGAACCCACGGAGACCAACCACCGCGUUCGAUGCCAGGAAGCGUCCGACAAAUGCAAAGACGAGGAACCGUGGUUUGGCAUCGAGCAGGAGUACAUCCUCCUCGACGCGGAUCUCAGGCCCUUCGGGUGGCCCCCUGGCGGCUGCCCUCCACCACAGGGGCCCUACUACUGCGGAGUUGGUGCCAAUAAAGUAUUCGCCAGAGAUCUCGUCGAUUCACAUUACCGAUGCUGCCUCUAUGCUGGCUUACCUAUCUCUGGCACUAACGCUGAGGUGAUGCCCUCUCAGUGGGAAUUCCAAGUGGGCCCAUCUGUGGGCGUGAGCGCCGCCGACGACCUGUGGGUAGCGCGCUACAUCCUGCACCGGCUAGCCGAGGAGUACGGCGUCAUCGUCACCUUCGACCCUAAACCUGUGAAAGACUGGAACGGUUCAGGAGCACAUACCAACUUCUCUACUAAAAAGAUGAGAGAAGAAAACGGCAUUAUCGAAAUCGAGAAGGCGAUAGACAAGCUGUCCAAAGUACACAUGAAGCAUAUUAAGGUGUACGAUCCCCGCGGAGGCAAGGAUAACGAGAGAAGGUUGACCGGUCUCCACGAAACCGCCAGUAUUAACGACUUUAGCGCAGGCGUAGCCAGCCGCGGCAGCAGCAUCCGGAUACCGCGCGCGGUCGCGGAGGAGAAGAAAGGCUACCUGGAGGACCGGCGGCCGGCCUCCAACUGCGACCCCUACUCCGUCGUGGACGCCCUCAUGCGCACCUGCAUCCUCAACGAAUAACAGCGGGGCGCGGACGAGCGCCCGCCCGCCGCCACCUCACUCGAACACUCCAUGUGCCUAUAAACACACUCGGCGAUCAAACCUUCGCUAUGUAACCGUGGAGAUGCGCACGGGCAACCUCGGUAGCUAUAUUGUUACAGUCUUCAAGUAAUCUCAUUCUACUUAUGUGAGCGCACCGACGUGAUAGGUAGUCCCGACCCGACGGCCACAUGUCGUAAUUUAAGUCUGUAUUUACCUAAUGCCUUUUUGCACGUAAGCAGAAUUUACACAAAUUAGGAUCGGCGAAUGUUAUUUUUACCUUUUGCAACUGUUGCUAAUAAUGAACACUGCCGAUUUUGAUACAUUUUUUGGAAUCAUGCUGUUAUGGAAUGGAAUUGAUAAUAAUGAUAAUUCACUGAAUGUAGUUAAUUAAUAACAUUUGUGGCUAUUAACAUAGGGAGACAAUUAAUGUCAUAAACACUGAGUUCUGGGCAUGGCGGUGGAGCGAUAGUGGUAGCGUUUUAUGGACCACAAUUUAAUGAAAGAUAUUAUACAUUUUAUUAAAUAAAAUAUUUUUACGAAUAUUAUGUGAUAUUUCACAUUAAUUGUUAUUUUGAUGUUUAAUAGUUUAAUUAUAUACACAUAAUCACAUAUCAUUAUUUCUAACAUAUUCAUUUACAUGGAGGCAUUAUAGAUGCGAGUUAGUUGGAUGCAAGCUACUCGUAACAAGCCACGUCUCGAAUGGCAACAUCAGUUAGUCGACUGUACUCUGUGACUAAAUAGGUCACGUCAACCGUUUUGGACUGAGUGCCGAGUGCCACCCAUUGGACACCUUUUAAUUUAGUUAUCUCACUUAUCAACCUUUAUUACCUACUGCUUAUCUCAUCUAUACAUAAAUAUAAAUAGGUAAUUUCUAAAUACCUAUAACAUUUAACUAAUGUAAUUUUGCACAAGCGUAUGCGUUUGCAAUAAUAUGAGUCUUGAAUCCACUCUCACGGAUAACGAUAUACAAAAUUGACAAAGUGAUUACUAAUAUUAAAAUUAUAUAAUAGGACACCAAUAAUGAAAUAAGUGUAGAUCAUUAGUACAUAUUUACUUAUGAGAGCACAAAAUAGAUUCUUGUGAUAAAUUUAGUUGUUUAGAAUUGUUAGUUUUAAUUUUUAAUAGUAAAUAUUAUUAAUUAAUUUUAUUACAGCAUGCGCCUAUUGAAAUAUUUUAUAUAGCAUGAAACGAGUAUGUCACGAAAUAUAUUUAGAGUUAUGAAUAUUUCAAUCAUUAACAUUAUAAUUUAUGAAUGAGAUGUUAGGUAGGUAUUAUGAAAAAUAAAUUAUACUUUGUUGUAUAA